AUGAACCAAUUUCCUCCCGGGACCGUCCGUCUCGAGGACCGGCAAAACCAACAUCUGAUCCUAUCGCCGCAGCCGACGAGUGAUCCGAAUGAACCAUUGAAUUGGUCAGCUAGUCGUAAAACAGUCCAAAUGUCCUUGCUAUGUCUGUACACAAUCAUGUGUUUCGCGGGGCUGAAUGUGAUGACUCCCGUCUGGGAGGACCUGCUCGAGGACCGGGGCUUCAGCUUCACGCUGCUUGACAAUACGAAUGCGACCAAUUUCGCGGCCUUGCUUGUGGCCGGUCUGGCGGGUGCGGUCAGCGAGUCCUUGUUUCAGGUCACUGUUGCGGAUCUGUUUUAUGUUCACCAGCGGGGGACGAUGAACGGCAUCUACCUCGUCAUAGUGACUAUUGGUAACUGCCUGGAUCCUGUGGCUUCGGGAUAUGUUGCUGUCUCUCAAGGCUGGCAGUGGUCGUUCUGGUGGUGUGCCAUCUUCAUGGGCAUCACCGCUGUCCUAUUGAUCUUCAUUCUCGAAGAGUCCAAAUGGAAGCCUUCAAUACAUGGAAUCGCCCGACUCAUUACGCGACAACCCACCAGACUCGUCGAGAUCGACCAUUCGAUCCCUAUGCGCAGCUAUCUCGAACGUCACCCAUUCGUCCAACCUGCCAAGGUACUCAAAUGGUCCCAGUUUAUCAUGAACUACAAGGAACCCGUGGCCAUUCUCAUGGAGUUCGCCGUCGUCGCGUUCACGGCCGUCCAGUACGGCUUCAAUAUCGCUUGCCUGGCCAUCCUGGUCAUCAACCAGUCUACCUUGUACUCGGAGAGCCCGUAUCUGUUCUCAACCAUCCAGAUCGGAAACAUGAACCUCCCCACUGCGAUCGGCAGUCUGCUGGGUGCUCUCUUCGGCGGUCCUAUCAUUGAUCUGUUUCUCAUCCGUCUGGCGAAACGCAACGGCGGGAUCUAUGAGCCCGAGAUGCGUCUGUAUCUGUACUGCAUCCCUGCGCUAUCGAUGGUGGCGGGGAUUUUCUUCUUCGGUCUCACCAUCGCCAAGGGUGAAUCCUGGAUCUUGAACGCCGUUGGUGCAGCGUUUAUGGGCGGUGGUCAGGGAGGCAUGUGUGACAUGUUGUUGGCUUACUUGCAGGACUCGUACAGAGAUAUGACUGGCGCCGCCCUCGUCCCCGUCGCCUUCGUCUGCGGGACAAUCCUCGUCUUCCCUGUCCCGUAUUGGCGGUCCUGUAUGGGCACGUACAACAUGUUCGUUCUCGUGGGAUGUCUCUCAGUCUUCGUGUCCUCGCUGCAUAUCCCCAUAGCCAUCUUCGGCAAGAAGAGUCGGAUCGCCCGGGCAGAGAAGUAUGCUGCGUAUCCCAAGCAGCAUCAGUAG